CAACGCCUCCUCCGCCCACCGAGUUGAAAUACCUUUGCCCUGGGCUGUCCCAGCAAAGCUGAUCUCCUCUGGCUCUAGUUCCCAGAAGUCCUGACUUUGCCUUGGAGGGAGAGCAAUCAUGUCCACUGCCUCUGUAGGCUGCAUCGGGUUUGAGAGGAGAAGCUCGGAAACUAGUUACAUUGGUGACAACACUAACCAGAAUGGUGCAAUAUCCCUGAUUUUCUCUCUCAAAGAAGAAGUUGGGGCUCUGGCCAAAGUCUUACGUCUAUUUGAGGAGAAUGAUGUAAACCUGACUCACAUUGAAUCUAGACCUUCUCUUUUAAACAAAGAUGAGUAUGAGUUUUUUACUAACUUGGACAAUCGGAGUGUCCCUGCUCUAGAUGACCUCAUCAAGAGCUUGAGACAUGAUAUCGGCGCCACUGUGCAUGAGCUUUCCCGGGAUAAGAAGAAAGACACAGUGCCAUGGUUCCCAAGAACAAUCCAAGAACUUGAUAGAUUUGCCAACCAGAUUCUCAGCUAUGGGGCUGAACUGGAUGCAGAUCACCCAGGUUUUAAGGAUCCUGUGUACCGGACCAGACGGAAACAAUUUGCUGACAUCGCCUACAACUACAGACAUGGACAGCCCAUUCCCAGAGUUGAGUACAGUGAGGAAGAGAAGAAAACCUGGGGUAUGGUGUUCAGGACCCUCAAGUCUUUAUAUAAAACUCAUGCCUGCUAUGAACACAAUCACAUCUUCCCUCUCCUGGAAAAGUAUUGUGGUUUCCGGGAAGACAACAUUCCACAGCUGGAGGAUGUUUCUCAGUUUCUACAAAGCUGUACUGGAUUUCGCCUCCGACCUGUGGCCGGCCUGCUUUCCUCCAGGGACUUCCUGGGAGGACUGGCAUUUCGCGUUUUCCACUGCACACAGUACAUCAGACAUGGAUCGAAGCCGAUGUACACACCGGAACCUGACAUCUGCCAUGAGCUAUUAGGGCAUGUUCCAUUAUUUUCUGAUCCAAGUUUUGCUCAGUUUUCCCAGGAGAUUGGCCUGGCUUCUUUGGGUGCCCCUGAUGAAUACAUUGAAAAACUUGCAACGAUCUAUUGGUUUACCGUGGAGUUUGGCCUUUGCAAACAAGGUGAUUCCAUAAAGGCAUAUGGGGCUGGACUCUUGUCUUCAUUUGGGGAAUUACAGUACUGCUUAUCUGAUAAACCAAAGCUUCUGCCCUUGGAGCUAGAAAAGACGGCAGUCCAGGAGUACCCCGUCACCGAAUUCCAGCCUGUGUACUUUGUAGCUGAGAGCUUCAAUGACGCCAAAGAUAAAGUGAGGAACUUUGCCUCAACAAUUCCUCGACCUUUCUCAGUACGUUAUGACCCAUACACCCAAAGGAUCGAGGUUCUGGAUAACACUAAACAGCUCAAAAUUUUGGCUGACUCCAUCAACUGUGAAUUUGGAAUCCUCUGCAGUGCCCUUCAGAAAAUAAAAUGAAGAUAUACGCCAGAUUCUAAAGGAUCAACUUGUUGACUAUUUGUAUGGAAAUCCAGAGUGUUCUUUAAUUAUCCUAUCUGAAACCUCAAAAUCACAGUUUUACAAGUAGUCAAAAGCUAGACAUACUUCAUUUAAUUCUAAAUGACUAUAUUAGCACGCACAAUUCUGUUCGAUUGCCCUUUAGGAAUCCUCUCUGAUUGGGGAAAAUCAUUCAUUUUUUUCCUGUCUAGUUUUGGCUUAGUGAUCUCCCAUAUUCAUAAUGAAGUGAGUGUACAUUUAGGAUACCAGUUAUUCAAAGUUGCAAAGAAUGACAGAUUUUGUUGAGACUCAGAUUAAACUUCCACCUCUCACUCUCAAUAGUUGUAUAAGCCUGGAGAAGUCAGUUUUCCCUGACCUAUUGGCCUGUUUCUUGAUCUAUUAUAUAUAUGGAGGCAUGUUGAAUUUAACUUAAUUCAACAUGAUUUAAUUAAGCAUUUACUCUUUGCCAAGUGUUGGAGAUUAAAGAACAAAACCAAAAUAGUCCUUUCCCUCAAGGAGCUUCUAUUCUAAUAGGAGGAGGUGAUGACACUGGGGAGAGAGACUGGCCCUGUAAUUUCAUUGAUAUAGCGAACUCUCAGGUAAGGUUUUUUUAGUCAUUUCAGGUUAGGGUCUACUCUGAAAUUUAUAGCCCUAGAGAUUUGUUUAAAGUACCAAGAGAAGGAAUUUGACACAGAUAAAUAAAUACAAAAUAUAUGCCCAAUUUGAGGGAAAGGGAAGAACCCUAAAAAUGGAGUUGAAAGAAUCAGUAUUUGCCUCUAGGAUCUGAGAUUUAGAGCAUCUCUAAUUAUUUUAACCUAAUGUGCUCAUUUUUACUGGUUAAGAAGCCAAGUUCCCUAUAGAAGGUCACACAGGAACAAGUGACAGAAUCAGCGAUUUAAAUCUAAAUCUUCCGACUUUAGAGUUAGUGGUUUUACCAACAUGCUAAACUGCCUUUCCAGUGUUGAUUUCAUAGUGUUAGUGAGUGUAUGGAUCAAUCCUGGGAUAAGGUAUCUGACAUCCUUUGCAAAUCCUAAAAUGCUAUAUAAAGACCAACUCCUAUUAUUAUUUCCUCACCUUGGUAAUGUGCCGGAAAGAUUUAUCCUGCUCAGAUUGAAAGCCUAUACAGGGACAGUUAGAUGGCACAAUAGACAGAGUGCCAGCCCUGGAGUCAAGAGGACCCAAGUUCAAAUCCAGCUUCAGAC